AUAGUCAUUAUCGCUGGUGUGACGGUAAUGUUGAGAUGGCAAGCUUUCAUAAGACUUAUGUACAGUUUAGUUCCUGGCCUAAAGUAUCUGGCCAGAGGCAUCAUGUAUAGGGCUGUCAGGCAGCUGGCGUCAAGCUUAGCGUAAGGCCCGAAGCCAUGACUGAGAGUAAGAGAGGGUAACCUAUAGAGGAGCAUGGUGUGUCUAUGGAGGAAGAGGCGAGCUAUUUGGGGAUGGUUGGAGGCCCGUCAGGGAACAAGAGGUUCCCGCCACCAUGCUCAUAGUAUGUAUGGGUCUUGCCAGGCCGAGGCAGAGUGUCAGGCAAGACCAAGAGAGGUUACCCGAGGAGGACUGAGAAAGUACAUGUCCUCCGUAACCAGAGUGUGUAUCUGGUUAUCAGUAAGAGAGAGAGAGAUGAUGCAAUGGUUGUAGUAGAGACUCUAGUAAGAUAAUAAUUAAUAGGCAAGCUUGCUUUCUCGGGUUACUAUCAUACUAUAAUUAUUGUGUGUUCUUAUGUCGCUAUAAAUAUGUAUAUGAAUAUUACAUUUGAUAUUAAAUCUAUUAGCUCCGCGACAUAAUUUGGUGGAGUUGCUAAAGAAUUGAAAUCCAUCACAAGCAGAUGAAAGAAAAGAACUGAAGUCUGUGCGGGGUGGAGGAGUUGUGGAGUGUAUGGGGCCCAAUGCAUUCCGCAGCUCUUCUAUUUCUGAACAGGCUCUAAUGAUUAAAUAUUUAUUGACAAGCAGAAAUGUAUAUAAAUACAUUUUUUUUUCGGUUGGGUAGUCUCUCUGUAGAGUAUUGUGAGAGCAUGAGAUUGGUAACCAUUGCAUAUGGAAUUAGAGUCCAGAAUUUUGUUGCAUGAACAGUGCAACUACUGAAGCCGAAUAUUGGCAUGGUUAUUAUAUUAUGGCAUUAAAAGUAAUUUACUGUUUAUACCUGAAAUAAACAUUCAACCUCUAUUUAUUUAUUUCGCAUUUAAAUUUAUUCCGGUCUUUAUCGAUUUAAUUGAUUUAUGUGCGUCAUCGAUUCAUUCGAUUUAUGUGCGUCAUCGAUUCAUUCGAUUUAUGUACUCAACAUGAUUAAGAAGUUGAGAGACGACAAUAUAGCCGUCGCUGUAGUCAGAGUGAGACAGCGAUAUGUUUUAAGUUGUUACGUUCGGGAAUCGAUUUUAUUCGAUUGUUCAUUUGAACGAAGAUUUUUAUAAGUUAACAUUUUUUUAUGAAUACUGUGUAUACUUAAUAAAGAAUUUAAACAAUAUUGUGGUUUUAUUAGCGUGUUUUUGUUUUAUUAUUAUUAUGUUUUGCGUCUACGUUAAUUAUUUAAUAAGUUGGUUUUGGUCCGAUGACAAUUCCGUCUGUGGCCAAAAAACCUAGAUGCCACUGUGCGUAUUGAAGUUGUUGCGAAAAAGAAUAAAAAGUUUGUCUUGUCUUGUCGUGUUUGGAAAAUAUUUAGCAAGUGCAUAAUGGCGUGAGAUUUGUGUUUUUAUAAGUUAUUAAUUUAAAAGAAAGUGAAUGCUGAAGAGGAUACGACUGUUGAGGUAGCAAGAUGGAAGAAAUUCUUUCUACAGCGUUGCGCUCCCGCGUAGAAAGACUGAAAGAAACUGUAAAAAUAACGGUAGAUUUACUGAACAAAGUCGAAACAGGAGUAGGAGUACAACAACAAGAAUUAGUUGUAAAUAAGAUCGAUCUAAAGAGUAAAUUAACUCAAUUUCAAAUCCAAUUGGACAAAUACAUAAAUCACGUGACGAACCCACAGAAAGAAUUUUAUCAAGAAUGUGACGAACUACAAAUUCAAGCAGAGGACGCUAUAACGAAGAUGGAAAUAGUGCUCAAAAUUUAUUCCGAAGAGAACAACACCCAAAAUAAAACUAAACUACCCAAAUUAGACUUGAUCAAAUUCAAUGGCGACAUUUUGAAAUGGAACUCGUUUUGGGACAGAUUCGUGGCCAAUGUAGAGAAUAAAAAUAUAGCGGACGUGGAGAAGUUAUCAUAUUUAGUAGGUUCUUUAGAGGGUCCGGCACUCCAAGCAAUUGAAGGCUUGGAGACGACUAACCAGAAUUAUGAGGUCGCAACUUUAAUUCUUAAAAAUAGGUUUGGGAAGAAAAAUAACGUAAUAGAUGCUCACAACAAAGCCUUAUUAAAUCUGGAACGAGCCCAAUCUACUAUUGAGUGCCGAAAAAUAUUAAAUAACAUAGAUACUCACCUACGGGUAUUAUCUGCAUACGGAGAAAACACCGAAGCAAGCUAUUUGCGAGGGAUUAUAUUAGAUAAGUUUCCAGAAACGGUAUUGUAUCAGGUUAAAAUUUUAAUUUCGGAAGAAGAAAGUACAGACAGCAUAAAGAAAGCACUAGAUAAGGUCAUAACGGCCAUGGAAAGAAUAAAUAUACAAACACCACAAACGCUACAAACAUCAACGUCCGGAUCUACAUCAACAGCUGCUUCAACGUCUGGAUCUAUUUCGACAGCUGCUUCAACGUCAGGAUCUACAUCAACCCUACUUAAAGUUACAAGAGAAAGACCAGCAAAACGCAAGAGGCUGUUUGACAGAACUAACACAUUUAAGUCUAAACGUCCAAAAAUUUCAUGCAUUUUCUGUGGCAAAGCGGGACAUUACAAUGAUGAUUGUAAUGAAUAUAAAACAAUCAAAGAAAGGAUAAGUAGACUGCAACAAAGGUGCUUCUUAUGUUUCAAGAAUGGCCAUAGAGCCUCUAAAUGCUUCAGUAAAAGGAAGUGUCAUCACUGUAAUAAAUUACACAAUAGAGCUUUGUGCCCGCAGAAAACUAUGAAAGGUAAAAUAGAUAUAGAACCUGUUCCUAUGAUAGAAAAAACAUCAGUUAAUGUAUGUAACCGUGUGUGCAAUUUUUUACAGACUGCAGUAACACAGAUAGCAAGCCAGCACAACAAACACCUGACAUGUAGAUUACUUAUGGAUUGUGGGAGUAUGAGGUCAUAUAUCUCAAACAAAUUGGCAAAAGACCUUGAAAUCAAAAAGAACAAUGAAGUUGAUUUAAUUGUCUAUACAUUUGGAUCUAAUAAACCUUACACUAUUAAAAGUUCAUCAGCGGAGGUAACUGUUCUAACAAAGAGACAAAUUGAGAAGAAAAUAAAAGUAAAUAUUGUACCACAUAUAACAGAUCACGUCCCAGUUGCCAAAAUUAAUCAUCCUAAAAUAGAUAUAAGUGCGGAUGAUGAAUCGGUCGGUCAAAGAGUUGACUUGUUGAUCGGUAACGACAUGUAUUUUUCGUUCCUCAGAAAAGACCUUAUAAAAAUAAAAGAAGACUUAUAUCUGAUCGACUCAGAUUUUGGUUGGCUGACUGGAGGCUUCGACAGGGCUUUCAAUAAUAAAAAUGAAGAGGUGCUGUCAGUCGUGACAUAUUGUAGUUGUCAUGAUUCUAACUGUCCAUAUUUCUCCGAGCCAGAUCUUCCCCUCCGUAAUAUUGAUGUUAAGUUCUUAUGGGCGCUUGAGAGUAUUGGCAUCACGGACUCACCGAAGACGACAAAGGAAGAAGAAGCAGUUCACCAUUUUAACGAAAAUGUCAAGUACCAAGAAGGAAGAUAUCAAGUUAAGUGGCCGUGGAUACAAUAUCCUCCGGAAUUGCCCACAAAUUACGGACUCGCGCUUGGAAGGUUGAAAAGCUUAAUAAAACGUUCUGAUGAAGAAACUCUCGACAACUAUAAAGAAAUCCUAAAAGAACAGUUAGAAGCUAAGGUGAUUGAGAUAGUCCAGCCUUCACCUUUUCACGAACUGACACAUCCAGUUCAUUUCUUGCCUCAUCAUAUUGUAAAUCAAAAGGGAAAGAGAGGGCGUAUAGUGUAUGACGCGUCAUCAAAAAUUAAGAAUGAAAAAAGCCUUAAUGAAUGUCUGUAUGGUGGCCCAUCUAUGUUGGAAGAUCUUACGGGACUAAUCUUCAAUUUCAGAACAGGAAAGAUAGGCAUAACAGCUGAUGUGGAACGAGCUUUCCUCCAAGUGGGACUUCAAACAGAAGAUAGAGACGUUACCAGAUUUCUUUGGGUGAAAGAUCCCUUGAAGGAAGUAACAGAAGACAAUAUAGUACAGUAUCGUUUUUGUCGUGUCCCAUUUGGAAUUAUAUCCAGUCCUUUUUUAUUGACAGCGACGAUCAGACAUCAUAUUUCAAAGACAGAAAAUUCCCUACUAUCAAAAAUAGCAGACAGAUGUUAUGUGGAUAAUUUGGUAACGUCAGCUGGUUCCAACAAGGAAGCUCUACAACUGUACAAGGAUACAAACCGCAUAUUCCAGGAACUAGGUAUGAAUAUUAGAGACUGGAUGUCUAAUGACAAAGACUUUAUUGAGCAAAUUCCUUUAACUCAGAGAGAAAAACGGACAGAUAAGAUGAAGAUUCUCGGCUUAUUAUGGAAUAUAAAGAAUGACACCCUACAACUCAAUAUAGAUCCAGAAAUUUUUAUCACUGAGUCAAGAGGAAUCACGAAGAAAGGAGUGCUCAAAGUAUUAGCACGUUUAUAUGACCCCUGUGGUUUUGCAUCACCUUUAAUACUUCCUGGAAAGUUAUUAUUCCAGGAACUCUGCAAAAGAAAACUGAAAUGGGAAGAUACACUGCCUGAUGAUAUGCAGACGUUAUGGGAAAACAUAGUUAAAAACCUAGCUGCUAUAAAAGACAUAGAAGUUCAAAGAUACGUCGGAGAUACAUGCGAACAAACAGGAAAGAUCAUACGAUAUGAACUACAUGGUUUUACAGAUGCGUCUAUGAAUUCAUAUGCAGCGAUUGUAUAUUUGAGACUUAUAGGCGAAGACAAAACAGCAGUCACUUUCCUGAUGUCUAAGACGAGGAUCACACCAAUAGAAGACAAAAAUGAUUUGAAAAUCCCAAGACUUGAGUUGUUAUCCUUCUUGAUUGGUAGCAGGUUAAUGAAAUAUAUACAUGAUCAUAUAGAUAUAAAACUUUCAAGGUUGUAUCUAUGGUCUGACAGCCAAGUUGUCUUGGCAUGGAUGAAGACAAGCAAAUUACUGCCUCCAUUUGUAGCAAGGCGCGUUAAUGAAAUAAAACAAACCAGCCAUAUCCUGGGUAUAGAGCUACGAUAUGUGGAUACAAAAAAUAACCCGGCAGAUAUAGCAACUAGACCAGAAUUAUGGCAAAAGAAACAAGAGUUAUGGUUUUAUGGACCAAAAUUCCUUACCAAAGAUGAAAAUCAUUGGCCUAAUGACACACAAACUAAUAAAGAGCUUUGCUUGGUUGGGAGGGCUCUAGAGAUAGUUGAUGGUCCAGAGAUGACUUCGAAGGGUUAUGAAAGUGAAGAAUUAGCCCUCACAACAGAAGAGCAAGAACUCACCGAGCAAUUGAAUGAGGAACCUUCAAAUAUUGAUAAUACAACUGGAAAUGAUAUCACUACAGACAACAUUAAGAGGAUUCAGAAAGAAUACCUUCCAAACGAAGUCAUGGGAAAAAGAACUAAUCUGUCGUUAGAUUUAGGAAUAUUCCGCGACGUAGAUGGAGUAUUGAGGAGCAAAGGACGUUUUGGGAAAGCAAAUUUGCCAUAUGAUAAGAAGUAUCCAAUAGUGAUCCCAAAACAAUCCUCUUUGGCAACCCAGAUUAUUAAAAGGACACAUGAAGAAAAUUAUCAUGUAGGUGUGCCCCACACCUUGAGUAUUAUAAGAGAAAAAUAUUGGAUACCCCAGGGACGUGCUCAAGUUCAGAAAGUUAUUAGAAGGUGCCCACAAUGCGUGAAGUAUGGUGGAGGCCCUUUUCAGUUACCACCAGCACCGGAGCUACCAAGUGCAAGAGUAAAUUAUAGCUCACCUUUCCAUUGUACCGGCUUAGACUAUCUAGGACCUGUCCUAGUAGAUACAGAUAAAGGAAAAGAAAAAAGGUGGAUAUGUCUAUUAACAUGUUUAGCAGUACGAGCUUUGCAUCUAGAAUUAGUUAAAGACUUAUCAGCGAAGGAGUGCUUACUAGCCAUUAGGAGAUUCACAGCUAUUAGGGGCAUACCGGACACCAUAAUCUCUGAUAACGCACUCCAAUUCAAACUGACCAGUGAAGUCCUGUCGUCAGAGUACUGUAUGAAUAAAGGUAUUAAAUGGAAAUUUAUAGCUCAGCUGGCACCUUGGCAGGGAGGCUUUUAUGAACGACUAGUAGCUUUAGUUAAGCACUGCUUGAAACGCACGUUGGACAAACAUCUGUUGACUGAGAACCAGAUGACAACGGUCCUUAAAGAGGUGGAAUCGGUGCUUAACACUAGACCGUUGACUGCAGUAGGUGCAGAGCCAGAAGAAGUACUGAAGCCAGCCGACUUCUUGACCCUUGGACAGUGCUUAGAUUUAAAUACAGAUUUACAAAUAAAUCAACAACUGACAAAUACAAAGGUUGACCUAGUGCAAAGUUGGAGAAGAGGUCAAAUGAUUCUUGAAGAAUAUAAAAGAAUGUUCAUUAACCAAUAUCUGCCAAGUCUUAGAGAGAGAUCCUUCCACACACACAAACAACCAAGAAUUAAAUCUAAAAAAGUACCUGAAAUAGGAGAUAUAGUUCAAAUCAGAGAUGACUCCAAGAAUAGGACAAAUUGGAAAGUGGGAAAAAUUGUCUCUCUGAUUAAGGGCCAAGAUGGUGUUGUAAGAGUUGCUAGAGUCAAAGUUAAUGAUACGGAAUUCACACGAUCUCUUGGCCACUUGUACCCGUUAGAAGCAGACGAUGUUGAAGAAACAUGUAUACCAAAUAAAGAACUGCCUGAAAUGGUCAAUCAGGAAGAAAAUAAAGUAGUAAGAGUGGAAGAUACUUUAGACUCCAGUAAUGUUGAUGAAAUGCCUCAAGUGCCUGUAACGGACACAAGUAGCCCGGAUAUACCUCCGGAUCAGAUAAUUGAUAACAAUAAUCCAGAGACCGUUCCUAGUGAUGAAUCAUUAUCAUUACAAGAAAAUCCACUGACUCCUGUAGAAGAAACUUGCCCUACUCCGACAGACUUUGUUGAAGGUUCAGUAAUCGAAAGUCCUAGUAGAAAUGAGAAGAGAGACGCUGCCAUUAAAGCCAGAGAGAAGAUAGCGGAAUGGACGCGUCACCUGUUAACCGUCUUGUAACAUUUUCUUUGCCGUGGCGAGUGUCGCGAUGAUGCGCGAUACGGACCAAUAAUACAGGUAACUGUCAUUCGCUUUUUACAUCCUGGUAACACUGAGCUGAAAAAGAAAUAGUUGAAUAUCGAGUCGUAACGGCGGCGCGAGAAGAAUAAGUGAGGAAAAGAAAAGGUAAUACCUAUAGGAGAGGCAAGGAGACCUGAUGGAAACAGGUGCAGACUGCUUAUGGUAUGAGCAGUGUACAGAGCCAACUACUCUUGGUGAGUUUCCCCUUUAAUAGUCAUUAUCGCUGGUGUGACGGUAAUGUUGAGAUGGCAAGCUUUCAUAAGACUUAUGUACAGUUUAGUUCCUGGCCUAAAGUAUCUGGCCAGAGGCAUCAUGUAUAGGGCUGUCAGGCAGCUGGCGUCAAGCUUAGCGUAAGGCCCGAAGCCAUGACUGAGAGUAAGAGAGGGUAACCUAUAGAGGAGCAUGGUGUGUCUAUGGAGGAAGAGGCGAGCUAUUUGGGGAUGGUUGGAGGCCCGUCAGGGAACAAGAGGUUCCCGCCACCAUGCUCAUAGUAUGUAUGGGUCUUGCCAGGCCGAGGCAGAGUGUCAGGCAAGACCAAGAGAGGUUACCCGAGGAGGACUGAGAAAGUACAUGUCCUCCGUAACCAGAGUGUGUAUCUGGUUAUCAGUAAGAGAGAGAGAGAUGAUGCAAUGGUUGUAGUAGAGACUCUAGUAAGAUAAUAAUUAAUAGGCAAGCUUGCUUUCUCGGGUUACUAUCAUACUAUAAUUAUUGUGUGUUCUUAUGUCGCUAUAAAUAUGUAUAUGAAUAUUACAUUUGAUAUUAAAUCUAUUAGCUCCGCG